AGAUAUGUCAGAUGAAAAGUGAUCAUUGGAAUAUCUCCCAAUCUAUUUAUUUCUCUUUUCGAAUGAAAAAGGCCCCAAAGUUUUCCGUUGCAGACGUCAUUUCUGAAGUAUAUGGUUUACCCGGGAUUCAUGAAUGUAUUAACAGUCAAAAACCUUUAAGAGCUGUGAUUGAUAUAGAUGUUACACAGGAGGAUAUGGAAGCAAAUGGAGUUAAGGCGCAAGAAGUAUUCAUUUGA